AUGGCGGCGCAAGCGGCUUUAAUUGCAGAUACUAUCGUUGGGAUGAAGAGGGCGUUGCGCAAGGAGCAUGACAACGCAGGUCCCGAUGACCCCAUAACCGAACCGACCAACCGAGGAAACAAGUUACGUACGAAUGCAAAAUAUGUUCGUGAGGGCGCAAUGGGUUAUAUACAUGCGGAGGAUCUUUACAAGCAGAAAGUCGAGCAUGCUGGAUACACACGUUACAUCCUUCAGCCGAAUCCUGUGCGCUACGAUUCCGAAGGCGAUGAGCUUGACGAGGAUGAUGAAGACUCUGAGGCGGAUGCCGCGGCCGGAGAAGAGAAUCCAUUCUCAGAAAUCGCGCUCGAACAUCUCCUUUGCCCUCUAAAGCACCCCUCGGAACUUCCAAAUCACCCUUCGAUGUCAAGCGCUUAUACCUCUAAAGCUCUUCGGAACAUGACGCAGGCUAUAGAGGCCAAGCUUCGUCAGGAGCGGGCUUUGUUAUGGCGUGCGCGAAAUCUCCAUAGACAGUUCCUGGGUGAUGGCUCCUGGAUGCCAUGCGGAGCGGUCGAGACACCGGAAGACAAAUUGAUUUUCGCGCCCAGAACCGGUAACACGGGCCGCAGUUCCCCCGUGAGCCAAUAUGGGCAGAAUGCACUGGCCACUUCAUCAGCGACUGCGGAGUCCAAUCUUCAAAAAGAUGGGGUGCAGGAUUCACAUUCAGCGGCAGCCUUUCUUAGGGAAUUCCAAAUAGCCCAGGAUGAGGAAGAGGCACGACCAGAUACCGAGAAAGACAUCGAAAUGGCAGAUGCACGGGAUGAUGAGGCAGAGACCGAGGGCAAGCAACAAAACGAACAGGCAAAGGAGCCCAAGUCCGAAGAAGUAGAUGCCUCGGUAGGGGACCUUCCACAGCAUGCAGAAACCGACGCGGCAGUACAAGUCAAUGAUGACAAUUCCACCAACGUCAAGACUAACCAGGCCGAGCCUGUAGAGACAGAAGAGAACAUUGGUCGAACUAGAAAUGCAAAGUUGAAUGAUGAAGAGAAUGCUGGCAAUGAGACUGCAGAUGCUGGACACCAGAGCGAUACACAGGAAGAGGAUACCGACAAAGACGCAGAAAUGCAAGACGGAUCUUCGCCAGAACCCCCUAGACGGAUGACGACUCGGGCCCGGGCAAACGCUGCAAACCCCCAACAAGAAAACGAAUCUAUCGCCGACCGUUCCCCUUCUCCAUCCACCGAUACCUUCAGCACCCUUCCGGCCCCGCACCCGCUCUUUCUUGUACCAGACACAGUCCGGCCUGACCCUAAUUUCGGUUUGCCACCCAACGAGGCCGAAGACACACGAAGGCUGCUAUGGUCCUACUGUCAGAAACAGGAGGAGACGGUUCGAGGAUUUGAACACAUGCUGGACUGCCUACUUCGCGCCUGCCGCAUGAAGGAAGACGUAUUCGAAUGGUGUAAAGCCGAAGGCCAUGCUGGCGAGAUGAGUGACGGUGAGGACUGGUAUGACCGCGAAAAGUGGGGUCUCGCGGAGGGAGAGGAUCUCAAGAAGGGAGCGGACGAGGAUGAGAUAGAAACCGUGGAUGAGAGCAGGGCAACGGGUAAGAGAGGAAGAGGACGUAGAGCUUAA